AUGACGAAUAAUCCUGAUUAUGAGUUCGAAAGCAACAACGGCGCAGUUUUGACACUUUGUGGAACAAACCCUGCUUAUUAUAAGGGACAAAUAGCUUGGGUGCCUCUGGCUGAAGAAGGAGUGUGGCAAAUCACUUUGGAUGCUGUCGCCAUCCAGGGCUCGCCAAUUACCUAUGGACCAGCUAACGCUGCCGUUGAUACCGGUGCUUCGCUGAUUUCCGGGCCGAGCCUUCCUGUCCUUCACGCUUACAUUUACUUCUUCUUGCAUUUCAAGAUCAAUCAAGCAAUCGAAGCUCAGCUGUACGACUGCACAAGUUUUUCUCAACUUCCACAGAUCAUAUUCAGUAUUGGUAACUACUACUUCGUCCUAAGCGGUUCUGACUACAUGAAUCAGGACGGAUAUUCCUGCUCACCCGGUUUCGGAGUAGUACCUUCUGGCGCUCCUACUCAAUGGAUUCUUGGAGACGUUUUCAUACGCACAUUCUACACGAUCUUCGACCGUGGAAACGCCCGUGUUGGAUUUGCUGAGGCAGCCUGA